UUAUGAAAUCUUCGACGGAUGAUACAAAAACACGUGUUCUUUACACUUUAGCUGACAAAGUUUUGUGUUAUUCAAGUCAGUUUAAUUAACUUUAGGUUGGUAGGUAAAAGGAACGAAACAGACAUAAAGGGAAUACAGUUUUAAGUAAGUUAAUUGGUAAAAUACGAAAGUUUAUGUGGUUGAUUGAAGGGAAAGUAGUGAAGCAGGAGAGCGGCCAUUUUAUGUUAGUAUGACGUAGAGGCUGGGUGUAGCUUCGCGUUCAACCGUCCGUGUUCUUUGGAAAAGGCGAGAAAAUCUGAAUUCUGAUGCUGGGGUCGAGGUAAAUGCACGUACCACGCACUGAACGUGUGAACCGUAAAUUAAGCCCAAGGAAAGUAAGGAAAUUAGUUAAAUAAGGAAGUACAGGGGUCCUGAAAGAGCGAGCAUGAGCGAAGAAAGCAAUCCGCGAACGCUCUAUGUGGGAAAUCUAGACGCUUCGGUGUCGGAGGAACUAUUGUGCGCACUUUUUUCACAAAUAGGUACCGUUAAAGGAUGCAAGAUUAUACGAGAACCAGGAAACGAUCCAUAUGCGUUUAUCGAAUUUACGAAUCAUCAAUGCGCGGCUACAGCGCUAGCCGCCAUGAACAAGCGAUCCUUCCUGAAUAAGGAAAUGAAGGUUAACUGGGCAACGAGCCCUGGAAAUCAGCCGAAGUUGGAUACGAGUAAUCAUCAUCAUAUAUUUGUCGGCGAUCUUUCACCAGAAAUCGAAACACAAACUUUAAAAGAAGCAUUCGCGCCUUUUGGCGAAAUUAGCAAUUGUAGAAUUGUCCGUGAUCCACAAACCAUGAAAAGUAAAGGAUAUGCUUUUGUAUCAUUUGUCAAAAAGUCUGAAGCUGAAGCAGCGAUAGCAGCUAUGAAUGGUCAGUGGCUUGGAUCUAGAAGCAUCAGGACAAAUUGGUCAACUAGGAAACCACCACCUCCAAGAUCCGAAAGGCCACGACAUUCAAAUAAUAGUAAACCUAACUAUGAAGAGGUAUAUAACCAAAGUAGUCCAACAAAUUGCACAGUAUACUGUGGAGGUUUCACAAAUGGCAUUACAGAUGAGUUAAUAACUAAAACAUUUUCUCCCUUUGGUACCAUACAAGAUAUAAGAGUAUUUAAAGACAAAGGAUACGCUUUCAUAAAGUUUACUACCAAGGAAGCUGCAACACAUGCCAUAGAAUCAACACAUAAUACAGAAAUUAAUGGUAGCAUUGUUAAAUGUUUUUGGGGAAAAGAAAAUGGAGACCCCAAUAGUGUGGGUCCAAAUGCAAAUCAUCAAGCUCAACAGGUUACAGCUGGAGCUGGACAAUAUGCAUAUGGAUAUAGCCAGCAAAUGAGUUAUUGGUAUCCACAAGGAUAUCCACAAAUGCAGGGUCAAUUUUUACAGCCUGCUCAAUACUAUGGCCAAUAUUAUGGACAACAGGCUCAAUAUAUGAAUAGUAUGCGAAUGCCUGCUCCUGGUGCAGGUACAUGGCAACCUGCACAAGCGACCGCCGCACCACCGACUGCAACUGCACCAUUGCCACCAGGUCAGCAACCUGCUAUGGUAGCAUACACCAUGCCACAAUACCCCACGCAAUGAAAUUGAUCAUUGAUCAGCAUCAACUAAUUGUUACAUAUGAUACAUUUGCCCCUGGGGCGUUUGCAAAAACUGUUCUGUCAUAUACCUAUUCCAACAAGAUUAUUGGUAUUUUGACUGCAGCAUCAUAUGUACAAAUUUUCCAGUUUUACUUCAAUUGAAGUACUAUACAUGGCAAAAAGAAGCUCCUAAAUUUGGUUGUAUCAAUAUCGACUGAUAUUAUGUAAUAUCUGAAGAGACUAUACCAUCAAAAGUUCAAAGUGAUAUAUAUAUAAACAUAUAUACACUUACACGUUUAAAUAUACAUUUCCCUUAUACGUUUCCCUUGCCAAACAAUAGAAACGUAUGUCAUUGUAACAAAUACAAGUGUAUCUUGCAAUGUUCAUGAAAAAGCAAGUAUCAUAGCAGUCAAUCCAUCAGUGUAAUAUAAUAAUCUUUUCAAAACAGUUUGUAUUCCAUGGUGUUGAAUGAGGUAUAUUUCUGAACUUAAAAUUGCAGCCCCUUAACGAGCCCUGCAUUCGUUGUGCUGCGUAAGGUGUACGUAUGUAUGCGACCAUUGCGUUGUUAUAUUUUUAAUAUUUUUGCCACAAUUACCAAUCUUUAGUUUAUUUGAAAUCAUUAAUGAACAAAGAUAAAUGUUCAUUUAUGGUAAACACAAAG